ACGUUUUAAUGUAUAUAUUUUGCCGCGACAGCAGCGCUUCGUUUCAUUCAUUUUUGAAGUGUGAACUUGUGAGUUGUGUUGUGAGUGGAAAUAGUGGAUAUUUUUGAACUUUCAUCUAGUUUUAGUGGAUUCUCAUAAAAAACUGUUCUUGUAAAUAUAUGAAAAUGGGAAAGGAUUAUUAUAAAAUAUUAGGUCUAGCGAAAGGCGCCACAGACGACGAGAUAAAAAAGGCGUACAGGAAAUUGGCACUGAAAUAUCACCCGGAUAAGAAUAAAGCUGCCGGCGCCGAGGAGCGUUUCAAGGAGGUGGCGGAAGCUUACGAAGUGCUGUCGGACAAGAAGAAGCGGGAGAUCUAUGACACGCACGGAGAAGAAGGUCUGAAGGGAGGAAUGGGAGGUCACAACGGGCCCGGCGGUGGCCAGUCGUUCUCCUACACGUACCACGGGGACCCGCGGGCGACCUUCGCACAGUUCUUCGGCUCCGCGAGCCCCUUCCAAGCGUUCUUCGACCUGAACGGCGGCUCCGGGGGCACCACCAUGUUCUUCGACCGCGACAUGGACGUCGACAUGGAUCCCUUCGCCAACAUGGGCAUGGGCCAGGCCAGGCCCGGGGGGCCCGGCGGUGCCUUCAGAAGUCACAGCUUCAACUUCCACGGCUCGCCCAACAGGAAGGAGAAGACUCAAGACCCGCCCAUAGAGCACGAUCUCUACGUUUCCAUCGAGGACAUCGCUCGCGGCUGCGUCAAGAAGAUGAAGAUCUCUCGCAGAGUCAUUCAACCAGAUGGUACUUCCAAGAAAGAAGACAAAGUCCUGACAAUACACGUCAAACCUGGCUGGAAAGCUGGAACUAAGAUCACAUUCCAGAAGGAGGGAGAUCAGGGCAGGAAUAAGAUCCCAGCUGACAUUGUCUUUAUCAUCAGGGAUAAGCCGAACCCACUGUUCAAGAGAGAAGGCUCAGACAUCCGAUACACUGCCAAGAUAUCACUGAAGCAGGCACUCUGUGGCACCAUAAUCGAAGUACCAACGAUGACCAAUGAGAAGUUAACAGUGAACCUGCAGGGAGAAGUUGUGAAGCCCUACACAGUGAAGAGGUUCCCUGGGUACGGCCUGCCGUUCCCCAAGGAGCCUACGAGGAAGGGUGACCUAUUAGUGGCAUUUGACAUCAAGUUUCCCGAUAGACUCAAUACAGGCGUUAAAGAAAUACUUAUGGACACAUUACCUAAUUAGUUUCCUUUCUAAAUCUAUUGGUACCUCAUUAGCAAGUUGGGAGCUAACCAUGGAUACCGAAUCACCACUGAAUCUUGAAUAUUAGUGGUGAAUGAAGCUUUGGUAUUCGUGUUUAGGACAUUUUUACAGAAUGCACUUUGAUCAAACCUUAAUUUAGAUCAACAAAUGAUUUUUUAAGGGUGAUGUUUAGAAUGUCAGUAACGCCUAAGAGUAUGGAAAAUGCUCAAAAUGUUAAUGGGACAUUCCUAUAGGAUUUUCAAUAUUUAGAUGCUGCCUCUUUUGAUUAUUUUUGUGAGCAUCAAGUUUGCAGAGCUAGCUUGCUCUGUAAAAAUGUGGGCCUUAGGGUCUCCAUACACAAUCAAACAUUAAAUAGAAAUAUUUUUUGUUAGAUUGCUCUGUAAAAAUGUGGGACUUAAGGUCUCCAUACACAUUCAAACAUUAAAAAGAAUUUUUUUUUUUAAAUAUUGGUUUAAAGUGUUAAUUGUGUAUGGAGGUGUUUGACUGAUUCAUGUAACUGCAAGAAAAAAAUCUCACAAACUAAGUUAGUUUUUCAUUCUUUGCCUUUUAAAGCAUUUACAGAUGUACCAACUAAUUUCCAAUAAGAAAAGUAGAUUUGGAAUUGAAUCAUUUAGUUGGCAUGUCUAGUUAUUGGAAUGCUACAUAAAGGUUUUAUUUAAUUUAGCUAAUGUGUGUGUGAGUGUUUUCUAUCCGUUUUAGUAUAGGAAGCAGUGAGAUUGAGAUUUGAUGACUGUAACACUGUAUUAUUUAAUUUGUAAGGUGUAAAUAUUUGUAACUGUAAAUAUUGAUUGAAUGGACAGUGAUUGUAAGUUUUAGGUUUUGUAAUAUUUUGUGACUGAUUGAUAAGUAAAUUAAUAAAGUAUUAGUGACAUUUAAAUAGUUUUUCUGUAAUUGUAACUGAUUAAGGGGGCUACACACAUUCAACCAUGUAUAAAUUGAAACUGGGAAGUAAACUAACACACUUCAAAUGUCUCAAUUUAUACAUGCAUUGAAUAUUUGUGAGCCUUAAAACUCAUUCAUAAAAUAAAUUAUAUUAGUAGAACUUGAUAGCUAUAUUAAAUAGACUUCCAAAUUGACCAGUUUGUAUACAUGCAAAUCUGACAUAAAAGGAACUUAUUACUUAUAAUUACUGUGAAAAUAAACAUUUAAAUAUUUAA